AUGGCGAACCGACUCUCCAUGGCUGCAAACCGCCUUUCCACCGACAUUCCCUCCCACACCGCCGUCAGCGCCUCCGCCUCGGUCGGACUGGCGGCGAACGCGGCCUCCAGCCAGGCCGUCGUGCACAGCGGCUGGGUGCUCAAGAAGCGGAGGAAGAAGAUGCAAGGAUUCGCCCGGCGCUACUUCACGCUCUACCAGUCCGGCAUCCUUGCAUACUCCUUCGAGCCCGGGCAGCCCAUCCGCGACCACAUUGACCUCCACCAUGCUGCCAUCUCGAGUACACCGGGGCGGAAGGACAUCACCCUUGACUCCAACACCGCGACCUUCCACAUCAAAUGCCUUUGCACCGACGACUUUAACCAAUGGAUGCUUGCGUUCAGAAAGUUUAUCUCGGGUCCUGAAGCACGGCGGUCCAUGAGCGUUCGCAUGGCCAGCGCGCGUCAGGGAGUCGUCAACAUCUCCAAGUCCAGCGCAGUAGUAGAAGAAAUGGGCUCGACAAUUGCACAACUCGAGACCGCGCUGCAAACGCUAAGUUCGAAAGGAGAGACGGCUAUGCAGAAGAAUGCCAGCGUCAAGUCCAAUGGCAAGGAUAAACAUCACAAGGCAGGCGCGUUUGGCAUCUUCAAGUCGAAGUCCAACCAUAACUUGCAACCGGGAGAACCAGACGCGCCUCGAACGAGCAUGGACCCCAGUAGCGGAGAAGCUCAGCAAGUAUUCUCACUACUUGAUACCCUCAAGAAUCAGCACGCGACGCUUUCUAAGCUCCUCACCGCCACCGUCAGCCUCGACACCACCCUUCCCAAGACGAGCGAGGAGGACGAGGACCAUCUCGUCGACUCUCCGCGCGAAACCGAGCACUGGGUCGUCCCCCACGGCCGCACAAAGCGCUUCUCCAGCUCCACGACCGCCAGCAGCAGCCUCGAAUGGUUCGACGCCGAGGACGAUGCGGACGGCGCGAAGGAAUUUGUUUUGGACACCCGGGCGGCGGGCGAUGAGUCGCAGACGGACUGCUUGAGUAUGGAGAAGGCGGAGGACGAGGAAACGGCGCGGAGUAGUAUGGAUACGGAUAUAGAGGACGAGCCGGCGUGCAAAUCCUCGGUAGAAGCGCCUUUGGGUGUGCAAGGGACGCAGUUGCCGUCUCCUGUCGUGGGUGAUGAGGGCAGUCCGUUCUCCGUGUUGAAGAAGAGCGUCGGAAAGGUAGGUAUGUACGACUACAACAACGACGCGACAAAUAACGAUUUGGGGUGGACACGUACGAAGCCCGCUAAGCCCCCCUCCCUCCUCGUAAGCACCCCCUCCUCCUCGAACUCGUCAACGUGCACGGCGAGGAUAUAG